UACACACAAACACACACACACGCGCACACACGCGCGCGCGCGCUUCCUGUGUCACACCUUCACUGCAGUUUCAUCCCCGCGGCUUGAGGAACUUCUGUUCAGUCUCAGUUUAGAGUUAAAAUGCAGGCGAUUAAGUGCGUCGUGGUGGGAGAUGGUGCUGUGGGUAAAACAUGUCUGUUGAUCAGCUACACCACCAAUGCCUUCCCUGGAGAGUACAUCCCCACUGUGUUUGAUAAUUACUCAGCUAAUGUGAUGGUGGACAGCAAACCUGUGAACCUGGGGCUCUGGGAUACAGCAGGGCAGGAGGAUUACGACAGGCUCCGCCCCCUGUCCUACCCACAAACGGACGUGUUUCUCAUCUGUUUCUCUCUGGUCAGUCCGGCGUCGUUUGAGAACGUCAGAGCCAAGUGGUACCCGGAGGUGCGGCACCACUGCCCCUCUACACCCAUCAUCCUGGUGGGCACCAAGCUGGAUCUCAGGGACGAGAAGGAGACGAUCGAGAAGCUGAAGGAGAAAAAACUGGCUCCAAUCACCUACCCACAAGGCCUGGCUCUGGCCAAAGAGAUCGAUGCGGUGAAGUAUCUGGAGUGUUCAGCUCUGACCCAGCGUGGACUGAAGACGGUGUUUGAUGAAGCAAUCAGAGCCGUACUCUGCCCCCAGCCCACUAAAGUGAAAAAGAGCUCCUGCUCACUGCUCUGAGGUCUUCAGGAUUUGAGGAGAUGCUUCUAACAUUUAAGAUUUCAAAACAAAGAUCAACUGAAAUACUUGUUUUAUUACAACAGAAAUGCAUGUGUGAUGGUUUUAUUAAGCAAUAAUAAUAAUAAUAAUAAUAAUAAUAAUAAUAAUAAUAAUAAUAAUAGUGCAUAUUUAAACUAUAAUAGUGUUUAUUUCCAGAGCGGAAGCAUGAGAUGUUGUGUUGUUGUAUUUUUCUGUGGAUAUAAAAUCCUUUUUUGUUGUUGUUAGUAUAAAACGUGGGGGUGUACUUUAACCCAAAAAAGAGAGAGAAAAAGACCCAUGAUGCGGCGCUCGAUGUCUAUAAAGAGAGUGUUUCUGUUUUUAAUCUCUGUAGGAUAUAUAAAAUAAAUAAAGCUGGAACAGGAGCACA